GGGAACACCCAGAAAAACCAGAAAGAUCACAUCUGACUCUGAGACAGUAGGAGUGUGGGAGUAUACUGUACUACAGUAGGACGCUGUUGUUUGAUGAAGGAAACUUCAGAGGAGCACAGCUAUCAUGUCCUUAGCCGCUCUGAUUUCUUUCCUGAAAAGCAAGGAAUCGAUCAUUUUCAACGCGGUCAUCGCGUUACUGACUGUGGGGGGACAGCAGCUAUUUUCUUUUUUUGCCUUCAGCUGCCCAUGCAGUCCCUCAGAGAACCUGAGGUACGGACUCGCUUUCCUGGGAGUACCUGCCUUGGUUCUGCUCAUCGUGGGGUUCGUGUUCAAUGACAAUACAUGGAGGCUGUUCACAGGUUCCACGUACGACUCGUCCCUCCAGGAGAGGAGCAAACAGAGCAUCCUGAUGAAGUACAAGCUCAUCUGCUUUGUGCUUGGGAACAUCAUUGGCAGAGCCCUGGUGGCCCCCAUCACAUGGCUGGCAGUCACCCUGCUGAAUGGCACCUACUACACGUGUGCAGUCAUUGAGUAUGCCAGUGUGGAGCACUAUGAUGUCCUUAGGAACCUGAGUGCUGAGGUCAGGAGGCACACUCUGGCUCAGUUCCCCUGUCCCCAGCUGGUUUCCAGCAACCUAACCAGAGUCAAAGAUGAAGUGGUCCUGGAGCUCAGAUACCAGUCUCAGGUCAGUGGAUGGCUUUUGAUAGCAACAGUGGCCAUCAUAUUCUUCAUAGUCCUGUGUGUGGCAAGGUGCUGUUCUCCUCUCACUUACCUUCAUCUGAGAUACUGGACCAGCUAUGUCAAUAAUGAGCAGGCUCUCUUUGAGCAAGCAGCAGAUCAACACUCAAAGACUUUUGCCAUGCAGAACAUCAAGAAGUUCUUUGGAUUCUCACCCGGCAGUAAAAACAUUUCUGAAAUCCGUAUCCCAUCACGCUUGGACUGGAAAGCAGUCUCUGGACUUGACUUGUUAAAGGUGGUCAAUCAGGAUUAUUGUCAUUACAGUCUUCUGCAUGCAUGGGUAGAUGAGGAUCCAACAGAUGGAAAAUUUAUUCCUAUAGAUGUAGAACAAGUCCCUGUAAAAAGUGUAAAUACACCUUCACUUGUAUCUGUAUAAAUUACCUUAUAUCAAUUACUGUACUUGUUAACUGAUUGCUCAGUGAGUCGAAAAUGUCAUACCCAUGAAUUUUUCUACAUAGAGUAAACAUAACACAUGCUGUAAAUAUCACUUUGUUUCUUUAGUCAGUUGGGAUGUUGAUAGUGCAAAAUUGUUCAUGACUAACAAGGGAUGCGGUGGACUAGGCCGUGCCGCAGAUAGAGAGGGGGUAGAGCCGGGAGCAGACUGAGGUGACAAGUCAUAUGCGAGGUCCCUUUACUACCAGUACAUGUUGGUCUCUGUUAUUACCAGACCCCUUCUCAUAGUGCUGAAACAAAUAACAUAUCUUGUGAAAAAUGCUGGUGACUAAUGGUACUGUCCGUUAAUAAAAAUUAAAAUGUCAUGUUAAAACUAA